AUGCCGAGCAUCCAAAACACUAUCGUAUCGCGCAUUCAGGAAGCCUUUCAGCCGGUGGAGCUGGAGGUGACGGAGAUCAGCGCAGAGGAGGCCAAGUACAACGUGCGCAUCGUUUCUGCAGCUUUUGCCGGCGUGCCACUGAUUCAACGCCAUCGCAUGGUGAACGAUCUCUUUGGCGAGGAGCUGCGGUCAGGCACAAUUCACGCCUUGAGCAUAUCUGCUAAGCCGCCACCGUCGUAG